AUAAAUCAACCAUCGAAAACAACUCUAAUCUAACCACUCCCGAACAAAAAAAACAAGCCCAAGAAUUAUUAAAACUAAUCAUUACCGCCGAAUUAUUAGUUAAAGAGCAGAAAUUCAAUCCCCAAAUUCUCUCCCAACUGAUUAAAGAAAAAAAUAAUAAUACUCCUUCUUAUCAACUCUUAAAUAAAGAGAGAAGAGCAGAGCAACUAAAAAAGGAAAUAAAAGUUGGUGUUUCGGGAAAGGAUUUAGAUAAACUAGCCCGACAAUUAAUGGCGGAGGAAAAAGUUCAGUCAUCCAGUCUUAAUUAUAAAGGUUUUUCGGCAGCCAUUUGUGUUUCUCUUAAUGAAGAAUUAACUCAUGGGAUACCGGACGAACGAGUUUUUAAAGAUGGUGAUUUGGUGUCGAUUGACGUAGCUUGUAAUUACCAAGAUAUCGGUGCUAUGUUAGAAAAAUACAUAAAGAACCGCGGCUAUCACCCCAUUAAAGAAUAUGGCGGACAUGGUAUUGGGGAAAAACUUCAUCAAGAACCCUUUAUCCCCAAUUAUAAGACCCCUAAUAAAGGAGAGAUUAUUAAGGAGGGAAAUUUUAUUUGCAUUGAGCCCCUAGUUCAGAUUGGUGAUGCUGAGGUAGAUAUUUCGGCUAAUAAGUGGACAACAAAUAAAGAAUUUUUUUCCGUUGAGGGCAAAGUGAUUGAAUUAAUAUAUAAUAAACGGUUUCGGGUGGAAUGUAAAAAUGGCAAAAUAAUUACUGCUGAUGUGGCUAAUCGUUUUCGCAAUGAACAAGGGUGGAGAAGAGCCAAAAUUGUUGUUGGGGACAGAGUAGUAGUGGAAGUAGUUUUGGGCGAUUUAGAAAAAGGACAAAUUGUUUCAUUUGAAAAAAAAGAGUAA